AUGCACCCACGCCCCCGCGCGCGCCUGCGUCCGGCAGCCGCGGUCGUUUCAAGAACCACCAGCCCUGCCGUUUGUCCCUGGUGUCUAACAAGGCCCCAGUCUCCUCGAUUACAGAGUUCCAAGAGGCAUUUUUCCUCGUCACAAAGAGACCCUUCUGCGUGGGCAGCCGCGGUGUCGAAAAUCCAGAACACUGUCGCCGACAUAUUGCCCUCGCGGCCCUCUCCUACGAACAUCACCAUCGAUCCUCUGAGAAUUGUCGGCAAGGAACUGAGCUUUCUAAGUACAAAUAUUCGGCAACUGCUAGGAUCUGGACAUCCUGUGCUAGCUACGGUGGCCAAAUAUUACACUCAGAGUGAAGGCAAACAUGUCCGGCCGCUGCUCGUCCUGCUCAUGUCACAGGCUACGGCUUUUGCUGCAAAACAGCCUCGAUGUGAUGCCCAACCAUUCUCAAGAACCAGUAUAGACACCUCCAUCUCCUCUCCCUCGGUUCUCGUCGAUAAAAACCCGGAUCAUCCCUUCUCGCCCCUCACUGAGCCAAAUGAUGCUCAGUACGCUUUUCCAAAUGACACUACUAUUCUUCCCGCUCAAAGACGACUGGCCGAGAUCACAGAGCUCAUUCACACCGCCUCGUUGCUCCAUGAUGACGUGAUAGACCAUUCCACAACGCGCCGCUCCGCCCCAUCCGCCAAUACAACUUUUGGCAACAAGAUGGCUGUUCUCGCAGGUGAUUUUAUGCUCGGCCGUGCAUCGGUGGCCCUUGCGCGCUUAAGAGAUCCCGAAGUAAUCGAGCUGUUGGCCACUGUCAUCGCCAAUCUGGUGGAAGGCGAGUUCAUGCAAUUGAAGAAUACCGCUUCUGACGAGAAGAAUCCCGCCUGGAGCGAGCAGACCAUCACAUAUUACCUUCAGAAAACAUAUCUUAAGUCGGCAAGCUUAAUCAGUAAAAGCUGCCGUGCUGCGGCGCUCCUGGGUGAAUGUGCGCCCAACGUUGUAGAGGCCGCCUACCAGUAUGGCAAAAAUUUAGGCCUGGCCUUUCAGUUGGUCGAUGACAUGCUUGAUUAUACAAUAAGCGGUCAGGAGUUAGGAAAGCCCGCCGGUGCAGAUCUUGAAUUAGGACUUGCGACCGCUCCUUUACUAUUCGCCUGGAGAAGCCAUCCAGAACUAGGCCAAUUAGUUGGAAGGAAAUUUUCACGGGAAGGAGAUGUACAAAAGGCUAGGGACAUUGUAAACAACAGUGACGGCUUGGAGCAAACACGUGCUCUGGCCCAAGAAUAUGCCGAUAAGGCAAUCGCAUCCAUCAGCAUCCUGCCUUCGGGCGAAGCCAAAGAUGGCUUGCAGGAGAUGGCUGUUAAAGUCAUGAAGCGCCGGAAAUGA